UAUUACUACUACUACUUUUCUACUAGUACUACUACUACCACUAGUACUACUACUACUAAUACUAUUAGUAAUACUACUACUACUUCUAGUACUACAAUUAAUACUAGUACUACUACUACUACUACAACUACUACUAGUACUACUACUACUAGUACUAGUAAUACUACUACUACUUCUAGUACGACUAUUAUUAUUAGUACAACUACUACUACAACUAUUACUAAUAAUACUACUACUAAUAUUAGUACUACUACUACCAGUACUACUACUAGUACUACUACUAAUACUACUAAUACUGAUACUACUACUACUACUGCUACUACUAGUACUACUAAUACUACUACUAGUACUACUAAUACUACUACUAAAACUACUACUACUACCACUACUACUACUAGUACUACUACUACUAGUAAUACUACUACUAGUACUACUACUACUAGUACUACUACUAAUACUACUACUAGUACUACUGCUAGUACUACUACUACUCCUAUUACUAAUACUACUAUUCCUACCAAUACUAAUACUACUACUAAUAGUACUAAUAUUAUUACUAGAAUUACUAACACUACUAUUAUUACUAGUACUCCUAAUAUUAGUACUAAUAAUACUACUAAUAAUACUACUACUACUACUAGUACUACUACUAAUACUACUAAGACAAUUAGUACUAAUACUACUAGAACUUCUUCCACUAGUACUACUACUAAUACUAGUACUAAUAUUAUUACUAAUACUACCAGUACUACUACUAGUACUACUACUACUAGCACUGAUACUAUAACUACUAUUGCUACUACUAGUACUACUACUACUACUAGUGCUACUACUAAUAAUACUAGUAAUAUUACUACUACCACUACUACUACUAUUAGUACUACUACUACUACUAGUACUAGUACUAAUAGUACUAUUACUACUACUAUUACUAAUAGUACUACUAAUACCACUAGUACUACUACUAUUACUAGUACUACUACUACUACUACUAGUAAUACUACUACUUCUAGUACUACUACUAAUACUAGUACAACUACUAAUACUACAACUACUACUAAUAAUACUACUACUAAUAUUACUACUACUACUACUACCAGUACUUCUACUAGUACUACUACUAAUAGUACUUGUACUGAUACUACUACUGAUACUACUAGUACUAAUACUAAUACUAGUACUACUACCACUAGUACUACUACUACUACCACCAAUACUACUACUACUAGUACUACUAGUAGUACUACUACUACUACAAGUACUACUACUACUACUAGUACUAGUAUUACUACUAUUACUAGUACUACUACUACUACUAGUACUACUACUACUACUAGUACUACUACUACUAUUACUAAUAAUACUACUACUACUACUAGUACUAAUACAACUACUACUACUAGUACUACUAAUACUACUAGUACUACUACUACUACUACUAGUACUACUACUAGUACUAUGAGUACUAUUACUACUACUACCAGUACUAAUAACACGACUACGACUACUAGUACAACUACUAGUACUACUAGUAAUACUACUACUACUACUAGUAGUAAUAAUACUAGUAAUAAUACUACUUCCAGUACUACUUCCACUAGUACUACUACUAAUACUACUACUGGUACUACUACUAGUAUACUACUACUAAUAAAAUAUACUACUACUAAUAAAAGUACUUCUACUACUACUUCUACUUCUACUACUACUACUAGUACUACUAUUACUACUAGUACAACUACUAAUACUACUACUAGUACUACUACUAGUACUACUACUACUCCUAUCACUACUACUACUAUUCCUACCAAUACUAAUACUACUAUAAAUAGUACUAAUAUUAUUACUAGUAUUACUAACACUACUACUACUACUAGUACUCCUAAUAAUAGUACUAAUAGUACUACUAAUAAUACUACUACAACUACUAGUACUCCUCCUACUACUACUACUAGUACUACUACUAAUACUACUACGACUAUUAGUACUACUACUACUAGUACUACUUCCACUAGUACUACUACUACUACGAGUACUAAUACUACUACUACUACUACCAGUACUACUACUAGUACUACUACUACUAGUACUACUAGUACUACCACUAGUACUACUACUAUUACUACUACUAGUACUAUUAAUAUUACUACUAUUACUACUAGUAGUACUAAUACUAAUACUACUAGUGCCACUACUACUACUAGUACUACUACUACUAGUACUACUACUACUACUAGUACUACUACUACUACUACUAGUAUUACAACUAUUAGUACUAUUACUAGUAAUACUACUACUACUAGUACUAAUACUUGUACGACUAAUACUAUUACUACUAGUACUAGUACUACUAAUACUACUACUACUAGUACUACUAAUACUAGUACUACUACUACUAGUACUACUACUACUACUACUAUUAGUACUACUACUACUACUUCCAGUGCUACGACUACUACUACUACUAGUAUUACUACUAGUAUUAUGAGUACUAUUACUACUACUACCAGUACUAAUAACACGACUACUACUACUAGUACAACUACUAGUACAACUAGUAAUACUACUACUACUACUAGUAUUAAUACUACCAGUAAUACUACUACUACUAUUACUACUACUAGUACUACUACUACUAGUACUACUACUAAUACUACUACUAGUACUACUACUAGUAUACUACUACUAAUAAAA